AUAGAUCCGUGAUUUUCUUUCUAUUUUACCCCAAUUGAAUAGAACCCUAAUUUGCAACUUUGUAAAACCUUGUUUGGCCCAGCAUACAACGCAGAGCUCUUUCUUUGUAAUGCUCCAUUUGGACACCAAAAAUCCUAGCAAUUCUCACACGACUGCGUCCUCUAUAUCCCUACUUGCAUUUAAGCCUCGCCAAGUUCUCCUUGCUCAGCAUAGUUCAAGAAGCACGAUGGCUGCUUCUGCUUUGAAGGAGGAAAAUAGCAGCAACAUCACAUCUUUGACCCCCGAAUUGAAAGGAGCUCUUCACCAAUCUAUGCUUGAUUACUUCCAUCGUAACGGAUUCUCCAAAACCCUCAAACGAUUUCAGUCAGAAGCUCCAAUUCAGACUGAUACACAAAAGGCUUCUCUGCUACAUUUGGAGGACAUAUUCUGCAACUACAACACUUGCAAUGCUGAUAGUAAUAAGAACACAAGCAAGACACCAGUGUUAGGAAAUGAUGAGGCUAUAAAAAAAGAUAACUUUUGCAUCACCAAUGAGGAAAUAACAACCAAAAAGAAGAAGAAAAAGGGUGUCAUUGAGAGUGAAAACAGUGCUAUUAAAGAUCAACAAGAAGUCACUGAUAAAAAGAUAUUCGAAUUUGUAAAAACACCCGUAAAUGAUACAAUAAAUGGAUUAAAAAUAGAGGAUUCAACCAAGAAAGUUGCAGACAAAGAGAAGAAAAAGAAGAAAAAGAAGUUGAGCAAUGAUUCUGGAGACACUGAAAAGGAACGUAUUGAGCCAUAUGAGACUAAAAAAGAAGAAAAGAGUUCCAAGAAAAGAAAAAGAUCCGAUUCUGAUGAAAUUGAGAUAGUUACUGAAGAAUCCAAGUGCCAAAAGACUGAAACUUUAAAAGAAAAAAAGAGUAAAAAGGAAGAAAACAAUGGACAAGAAACAUCUAAUAAACAGACAAAUGGGCAACUUGAGAUGAAUGGUGAAAAGUCGGGUGCCCAUAAAUCAACAAAAAAACAACAAAAUGUCACAACUGAGCCAAAAACAGUAAAUGCAUUUCAAAGGGUGAAAAUCGAUCAAGUGGAAUUCGCACACGAGAAAUUACAAGAUAAUUCUUAUUGGGCGAAGGAUGGUGCAGAGAUUGGGUAUGGUGCUAAAGCACAAGAAGUUCUAGGUCAAGUGAGAGGGAGGGAUUUUCGACAUGAGAAGACAAAGAAGAAACGUGGAAGUUAUAGAGGAGGCCUAAUAGACCUACAAUCUCACUCCAUAAAGUUCAAUUAUUCCGAUGAGGAGUGAUAGUGAUUCUUUAAGGAUUUUUUUAAUAUCAAUUUUGUAUUAUUGUAUGAACCGAAUGAUCAGCGGGUAAUACAUGUACCCAUCAAAAUUUUGACAAUGUUUGGGUUUCUUUGUGAUGGUAUAAUUAAAUGGAAGGCUAAUGAAAUGGGGAGGGCAAAUGAAGCAUUUCUAAUAUAAUAAAAAUUUUUAGAUAAAUAUAAAGUAGGUC